AUGUCACAUCAACCUCAGCAACAAUAUCUGGCGUGUCCAUUCUGCCGAUUUGGGAGCCAUGACUUUAGCACUCUUGAAGAGCACGUGCAGCAAUUCCAUGCUGACCCACAGCCCGGUCCGAAUGGAGGACCCCGGCCUGACCAACAUCAGGCCGAGAUGAGCGAUGCAGAACUGGCGCAGCUCCUUGCCUUUGAAGAGGCGGGUCUACCUGCCGAACUUGCUCUAUCUGAACGGCCCAGUGCUCCUGCCCAAUGUGAGAACCAGACGUCAGAAAGAGCGGUGCAAAAUGGGCAGACUACCUUGCCCUCUCCUCCAGGUAGCGAACAACCAUGGGUUCAGUGUGCCUGUGGCGAGCGUGUGCACUUUCUCGAGCUCGAUGCCCAUUCCGAUAUGCAUGCUCAGGAGAACAUCUCUAUCGACGAGCCCGAGAUGCCGGUUAGGGAUGUUGAGCUAUCAGUUUUGAAGUCGACGUCCCGGCCGUCGCUACCCGAUAUUUCCAAUUCAUUCAGCACAGAUAUCCCCAAGUCUCUUCGGAACUAUGAUCAGCUCCAUCCCAGCAGACCUCCUUCACGUACGGAAAAAAGACGUGGCCCUUCUCUUAAGGAGAUUUUCUUGGGCACACCUGCGUCUCCUAAGAGGAAGUCAGCAUAUUCGGCCGUGUCUUCAAAGCAUGGCAGGACAAGACGGCUGGGGAGAUCAGAGCUAGGGCCAUACGCGCACGAGCACCAGAUGCCGAAUUGGCUACGGAAAAUGCUUGAAGAGGGUGCGAAGGUCACAGUCACUAACAGACUUGGCCCAGACGGUACCGUCGUCCGAGUCGAGACCAUUGCCAACGAGACGCCAAACCUUGUGCCAGUUCUUGCCCGAUUGUCUCAUCUGGACAGAGAUGUCGAACGUGCGUUCUACUGCAGUCCUGAAGUGCGCCACGUGUGCAAGAUGCACAAGGAAGGGGGGUUUUGCGGGUAUCGGAAUAUUCAGAUGAUGAUAUCCUACAUUCAGGAUGCAGACACAACUGGCUCGGAACAUUUCCGUGGAAGGUUGCCAUCGAUACCGAAAAUCCAGGAACUGAUCGAGAACGCCUGGGACCAAGGCUUCAACGCCAGCGGACGGCUUGAGACCGGAGGCAUCAGGUACACUCGAAAGUACAUCGGAACCCCCGAGGCGCAAGCACUGCUGAUGAGUCUGAAAAUUCCUUGCGAGGCGACUGCAUACACCACCACCAAGGAAGUGGAGGGCUUUGAAACAAUGUUGUGUGCCGUUUGCGAGUACUUUGACGACGACUCAACCAAAGAUAAUAUCGACAAAGUAGUCAUCACCGACAAGCCGCCGAUCUACUUCCAGCAUCACGGUCAUUCUAUGACCAUCGUUGGGGUGGAGCAGAGAUUGGACAGCUCCAUCAAUCUUGUGGUUUUCGAUCCUAUGUUCAAUCCGAGCCCUGCACUCAAGAAGCUGGCUUUGGCCAACACGACUGCCUUUAGGAGUCCUGAACCCGAAAAGCUGAUGAAGGCUCACCGGCGAGGCGAGAAGUACUUGGGAAAGUACAAAGAGUUCGAGCUGCUGAAACUGAAGUGA